AUGGUCAGCGAGUUGCGCCAACAGCACGGCUCCUCCGACGCUUGUCUGCUCUACGAACAGUUCGUCGUCAACGUGCAGAUGCACUGCGGAUCUAUGCAAUCAAUUCUAUACGGCCAACGAAACUCUGCACAAACUUUGGGGCAACAACUCAGCCUUCAGCAACACUUCAUUACACCUUCCAAGCCUUCCAAUUCAUUGUCUCGAAUGCGGGAAGGUCAGCAUCGCCGGUCGAUCUCUUUCCGUGCCUUGUGUGGAAAAACACACUUGCAGAGGAAGUCAUUGCAUAACAAAAAGAGGCACUAA